AUGUCCAACAGAUUGAAGGGGCCGGCCGACAUCUCCACGCACACUGGACCUGCGAAUGAGCAAAGUGGAAAUACGAGAAAUGUGUUUAGCGAUGGUUUCCAUGACCAGGAGCCAUCGCAAGUGGAUCAGCUCGGCGCUGCGCUGAAACAUCCUAUAGCAACCAUACCAACUGCGUAUCACGGCAUAAUAUACGAACUUUAUGAGGCAAUUCAGCAGGAAGAUCGGGUUCGCGAACGGGAAUUGUUCAGUCAGAUGCCAGAUGGCAAAACUGCCCAGCAAGUCCGCAUAUUCCUUUACGGGAUGCUAGCGAAUGCAAGAUUGGCUGAAAUGAAUGAUCAAAUUGCUAGUCGUCCAGUUAAUGCUCUAUCCGGAAUGGAAAUGGAAAUGGAAAUGGAAAUGGAAAUGGAAGUGAGGGUUCCAGCAAGACCGUGGACUACUGUCACGGAUAGCGAUGACUUAGUAUCGCACUUAAUAUCCCUUUACCUCACUUGGGGCUACCCUUUCUACGCAUUUUUCUGCGCUGAAACGUUUGUGAAACACAUGCAAGUCGGGCAUCUUCAGUCGGACUUCUGUAGUCCUUUCUUGGUGAAUGCGCUUCUCGCCAACGCAUGUUUCUACUCAGACUACACCGAGGCGUACAGUUUACCUGGGGACGUAAAAAGGAAGGGUGCUCAUUUUCUGGCCGAAGCAGAAUUAUACUUGAAAUCGCAACAAACUGAUGGGAGGGGCGAUAUACGGCUGGCCUCUUUACAGGCAUCUCUUCUACUAUAUGAAAGAUACUCCCUGUCAGGCUAUGACAACUACGGAUACACAAUGCUUCAUCGAGCGAUAGGGAUGGCUGAAUCAAUUGGCAUAGUGAACAAUACGAGGAUGUUAAAUUUGGAAGCCCCACACCUGACUAGUGAUAUGAAACGCUCUCUCCAAAGAACUGCGUGGGGGUUGUUCCAAAUCGAUACGAUUGUCCACAUGAAUUUCCUCAAACGAAGCCAGAUUAAAAUCGUAAACCUGGAUCGAAUUUCUCGAGAUGAGACUCUUCCAGAUGAAGUGUGGACGCCUUACCCGAAAAGGGCAAGAGACGCCUCCUGGAACAUCCUGCGAACUGAUAAUGGAAGCAAAAAGCGAGAACUUUACGGGCGGCUAUGCCAGUGGGAAAAAGAGCUGCCCUCUACCUUGAAGCUGAUUGAGAACCCAGCACCGUACAUUCUAAUACUUAGUGAUAUGCUCACGGGAGCAAGUGAUCAUGAAUUAGCCAAAUCAGAUGACGAUUUCAAUCCCCAAAAAGCUGCUAUUUUGUCUGCACGAGAAAUAGCGGUUCUUAUCCGGAAGUUUGGAACAGAUUACGGGCUGGAAUAUAGCCAUCAGUUUUCUAUGUAUGCAAUUAACGUCUCGUUGUUCUGCUUGCUUGCGCAGAAAGACUUUGAUAUCCGGGAUCCUGAUUUCCUGAGUUUGACCCAAGCAUUUUCGAUUGUUGCAUGCCGAUCCCAGGUGGGAAGGCAUUUGUUUCGAGCGUUUAAAAUAACCAUUCGCUCCCGAAGUCAAGCUGGGUUAAUCAAUAACCCAGAGGAUGUUUCCCCUGGCAUUAGAGAACUUUUGGGGCCACGGAAAAACUACACUGAGCCUGACAAAUGGGAUUACAAUGCAGAGUGUUUGGCUGAAAUGGAAGGAGAGAGAAGCUUCAUCAGGGAUAUUGGGGUUGAUCCGACAGUGCCCGGACUCCACCAGAUGCUUAAAUGGUACGAAAGUCUGAGCCUGGGCGAGGAAAUUCAAUGGAGGAAGAACCACGCAUCUGUGUUUUAA